GUAAUGAAAGAUGCUGUUUUUGUUUGCAAAAAAAAAAGGCCCUUUAUGCUUUUACAGAAUAAGCUUUUUUUUUUAGGUUAGCGAUUUAUCUUGACUGCUCAUAGUUACAAAUAGUAAAAGACAAUAACUGUAAUUCAUGAACGGCACUAACUAUUUCAAGAUUUUUUAUUUUUUAUUUUUUUUUUAUUUUUUUAUUUUCUUCAAAACAAAAAAAGGGGGAGGCAAAUGUCCAACUCACCACUAUUUGCUUCCAUUGGCAGUUUUAUUAUUGAUGACAUUAUUUUUUCAGAUGGUAGACAAGUAUCUAAUGUAUUAGGAGGAGCAGGCAUAUUUGCAAUUUAUGGAAUGAGGUUAUGGCAACCAAAUCAGUUAUCUAAAAAUGUAGGUUACAUCAUUCAUAAAGGUUUUGAUUGUCCAGAAGGAAUAGAUGAUCAAAUAAGCCAACUCAAUGUAUCACUUGUUACAAAAGUUCAUCCUGAUAAACAUACUACACGAGGACUUAAUACUUUUAGUGAAAAUGAUCAUAGAGACUUUAAAUACAUUCAUCCCAUCAUUAGAGCAACCCCGAGUGAUUUCCCUGAUGAAUGGAUCACCUCUAUAAAAAUAUUACAUAUUAUUUCUUCAGCUGAGCGUGCUAUAGAGAUUAUUAGAGACUGGAGAAAACGAGAGAAUGGUUGUAAUAAAACCCAAUUUUUAUGGGAACCUUUACCAUGGGCGUGCUUACCAGAGAAUUUAGACUUAAUUUAUGAAGCAGCUCAUCUAGUCCAUAUUAUAAGCCCUAAUCAUGAAGAACUAGCAGCUAUGCUUGGUUAUCAUUUCCAGGAUUUGGUUACUCAAUAUCAUGAUUUUAAAAAAGCAGUAGAGUUUUGUGCUAGAAAGUUUUUUGAAAAAAAGAAGAUUGAUAACAAAAACUUAGUCUUAGUUGUAAGGUCAAGUAAAUAUGGCGCUCUUAUUUUACAACAGCAACAGGAAAAGAAUACGAAUAAUAUAGAGAGUAGCAAUAGUAGUAGUAGUAGUAGUAGUAGUAGUAGUAGUAGUAGUAGUAGCAAUAGUAGUAGUAGUAGUUGUUGUUGUUGGAUACCUGCUUAUUGGGAUUAUCAACAUUCUGAUGAUCAAAUUCAUGUGGUUGAUGUAACAGGCGCAGGAAAUUCAUUUUGUGGAGGUUAUGCUUUUGGUUGGAUAGAAACUAGGAAUGACCCUAUUGAAUCUGCAUUCUAUGGAGCUGUUUCUGCUAGUUAUACAGUUGAACAGAUUGGUGUACCUGUAUUGUAUAAGGACGGAAAAUGGAAUGAUGGUCUUCAGCCUAAUGAAAGACUAGAAGCUUUAAGAAAAAAAAAAUAUACAUGUAUAAAUGUAUAAAAAAAAA